AUGGCUGGGCGAAUGCGCUACCAAGUUCGUCGUCUUGCUCUGCCGACCUCUUCGACAACACAUCAGUCAUCAUCAGGAUGUGAGGCCCGAACCUACACCUGCACCGCGACCACCACCUACACUGAUGCCGACUACGGAUACGGCUGGUAUCAGUUCGGAAUGAUGCCGCCACAGAUGGUGCAGCCGCAAUUCAUAACCCUGCGGACAGGAAGCGCAAAGUCGUCCGUCGUCUCCAAUGCUUCGAGUGCGACGUCCACAGCUUCAAAUGCGAGAGAUCCGAAACCCACCAUCAAAGAGGCUACCGCCACCGCCACAUCAACGCCUUCGUCAAUCCGAGACACAAGCCGCUCUGGUCUCUUCUGGGAUUCCACCGGCCUCGACGUCGAACCCCGCUGGGCCCGGCAGCCCGACAUCGACGCCAUCGCCCAAGUCGUCCGUCGGCACCUCGGAAUAACCACCCCGUCAAAAUGCAUCGUCACCUUCCAUUCCUCCGGAACCUACAACAAGUUCUACCAUGUUCACUCCCCAGUUCAUGGCCGGUACCUCAUGCGCGUCAUCCUUCCCGUCGAUCCCCACAACAAGACCCGCGGCGAGGUUGCCACCCUCCAGCUUGUACGGCGCAAGACCGACAUCCCCGUUCCCGUUGUGGUGGCCUAUGACGAUACGAGUGACAACGAGAUUGGGUUCGAGUGGAUAUUGAUGGAGCUGUUGGAAGGCAAGCCGGCACACCUGCGAUGGAGAAAGAUGAACAUGCGGCAGAAGGAGAGGUUGGUGGGAAGGAUGGCCGAGUUCCAAGCACAGCUAUCAAGGUGCGGAAACAUGACCGAGUCUGGGUUCAGAGGAAUAGGCACGCUGGGAGCUACUUCCAGGGGAGAGAGCGAUUAUGUGGACCUGAUGAUGCCAGAGCCGGGGCCCAUGGUCUCGCCGGUCUUCUUUACGGGAGAGCGCUGGCAUUAUCCGGUAUCGAGAGGGCCAUUCCAAUCAAGCCACGACUGGCUUCGAUCCUACCUCAACAUCAUUAUCAAGGAGCACAGCGCCGCUCUGUCUCAACCACAGCCCCGAACCCCCGACGAUGAUAACACGGACCACGAAAAGAGGGAAUUGGCCGAGGGAGUCACUCGCGUCGCCCGCAAGCUCACCCGCCUCCUGCACAAGAUCUUCCCGCAGCUUGUCCACCCGCCUGAGCGCACAGUCCUCUGGCAGGGCGAUUCCCUAUCACUCGAUAACCUACUCGUCGACGAAAACGGGUGCAUCACGGGUGUUGUGGACUGGGAAUGCGUGUCGACCAUGCCGCGGUGGGUAUCUACACAAUUCCCGGAAUUCAUGCGGGGCGAGGUUGAGCGUGAAGACGAACCCCAUCGAAGCCGGUAUGCGGAUGUCUUCAGCGAUGAGGACGCCUCGGAGGACGAACAGGGUGAUGGGGUGGAAGAUACACCGGACAAUGAAGGCAAGACGGAGCUGUAUUGGAUACACCUGAUGGAAUACGAGCAGACGCAGCUGAGGAGGGUGUACAGCUCACGAAUGAACCAGCUGAUGGGUAACGGGUGGGAUGGUGAAGUCGAAGAGGCAGCUCUCAAGGUCGACUUUCUGAGCGCGGUAUCAAAGUGCGCGCAGGGCUUCUAUCUCAAGAGAAUCGAACAAUGGGUGGACGCGGUAGAAGCCAAGGAAUUCGCCAGGUUGGGGGAUGUGUUGAGAGGGAAUGUGGUGGGGAGGAAAGAUUCGAAUGCGUCGACCACUUCGGGUCCGGGCACACCUUCGACAGACACCAGGACAACACCGGGGAAGACGAUGAUAAGGACAACAGCUACAUUGAGCCCAAAACGGGGAACGGAAAAUCAGCGGCCACGAUUUUCCAUUACCAAGAUCUAUUGA